AUGUUUCGUGUGGUCCUUGAAUUAUUCCCAACAAUCACAACUGCUGCUGGAUCAAUCGGAACUGUUGUUACUUCAAAUACUGCAACACAGUCAACUUCAGCUGCACGCUUAUCUACUACUAACUCACCUACAACUUUAACGAUAUCUUCUACUACUAUAGCUGUUACACCUCCCUCAACUACACCAUACAGUUACUGGCUAAUGGCAGCAAAUGUGACAGGGACACCUUUACAGUACGUUGGCAUCGGGUACAACCUAUUGACCGGAAAUCCUGAGUCCAUCAGUGACCCUGGAUUUAAAACCUCAAGUAGAAUAUUUCAGUUGACAGGUAAUUCUAGCUCUGUUAGAGAAGUGUUAUAUCAGGAAACAUCAACUUGUACGACUCACAAAUUUAAUACAUUUAUCCAUGGCUCUAAAUCUUACCAGAACGAACUGCUACAGUUUGUGAAUCCAAGCGCCUCACAUGAUUCCAGUUUAACUGAAUCAGCGUUCACCUAUAAUGUGGCGUUUGAGUCAUUUAAAGAUAACGUUGACAAUAGUAGCAACUUUUACAUGGACGUCAUUAGUAAUUGCAAACUCGGCAGUGCACUGUAUAGAACUGAUCUUGCUGAUAAAAACAAUUUCACGAUCACUAAGGAAUUCGCCAAAGAUAUUUGCUCCUUGCCAACGGACGGAAAUUCCACUGUAGAGUAUAUGGCGUUUCUAGAUAAGUGGGGUACGAGCAUAGUGACACAGGUAGACAUUGGAGAGACGAGUAUUGAACGAUACCAUACGACAGCCGACCAGAUUAUAAAGAACACCCAACUUCUGGCUCCGGACCUUAUUGAACACAAAGGUGCAUAUCAAGGUUACAAGUCGUCAUUGAGUAUCAAUCCCUCAGACUUUAAGAACAGCCCUGCUGCUGCUAAUCCAUUCGGAACACAUCAGACAAUAUCGAUGGGGACAUCCCAGCAUCCAGUUCCGGUUGGAGCUCAGUUGGUUCCGAUCUCUGACGCAUUGAAUUGGAUAUAUUGGGAACCGAUUGUAGAUGAACUGAUGGCCGAAGGUAUUUGUUCCGACAGUAUAUAUGGGACGGGCAUGAAACACUAUUUGAAUUAUAUUCAGACGGCACUUAGUCAGUAUGUUGGACAUACGGAUUCCAAAACAGGAAUUAGUCACACUCCUUUAGAUCACGGCAUACAAGUUCCCAUUACUUGGCCUGUUGGUACGUAUGGUUUGAUGCAGACUGCACAUGGAUGUCCAGCCGAUCAGACGGUCUGGUUGUCUGGAUGGAGAAGACAGGAUACUGAAGAUUUGAGGUCCAAGAAUUCUUUCUCGUCAAGCAUUGCGUCCUAUAUGAAAGGAGAUUUCGCCAGUAACAAUAUUAAGACCUACUUCUGUAUGAAGAACAGACCAACGAUAACAGCAUACGAUCAAUCUUGGCAAGAAGGUUCAUACUGUUUGCUGAAACACGGCUCGUGUCCAAGAGGAUUUUCUAGUGGAUACGUGUACUGGGACGACGAAGAUCUGAACAACGACAAUUCAAGGGGCGGAACUCUUCCAGACGGUACAUACGACAAGAACACGAAAAUCUAUUACUGCUGCAGGAACGAUGGCUCCGUCACUACACCACUUCUAUUACCCACGGAAAAACCGUUCAUACUCGUGCGUUAUGGUAGAACAUGUCAGGCUGUGCACGGAAUGCACGUGCGUAACCUGUAUAUACACUGGGAUGACGAGGAUCUAGGGAACAAGGACAGCUCAGGUGGCAUGCACCCCCUGGACGACGGAGGGUCACACAACCACCAGCUGCAUUACUGUUACUACUUCACAUCUAGUGCUACAUCUAUUGUUGGCUAAAAUGUUUCCGAACGAAAUGUUCAUCCGGAAUAAAUGUUGACAGCA